GCGAUAUCAGUAAGUCUAACGAUGCCUCAAAAUACGAUAUUUCUUCUAAGUGUUUAGACAUUGAUUACAGACAACAAUGCAUGUAAUGAUAUUUUUCACACUGCUUGCCAGUGGAUUGGCUUCUUUGGCUACAGCUGGAGAUGCGUGUGCCAUGUCACACAUUGAUUUUUGCACAUGCAUCGAAUACGACGUUCAAAUCAAAAAUAAUACCGGAGAUCCUGGCACUGCAAAUGCUUUGCAAGCUAUAGCCGCUACGACGAGCCCUAGAAUUCGAGACCCUUACAAGCAGACCAUAGUAAAGUGCUUCAUGCUCAAAGAGAGUGAUACCUCUUCUCUGGAAAAACUUGCCUCGAGUCUUCACAGAAAAUGGGUGGAUAAAUUGUACAUAGAAAGUGUUCCGAUGGAGAAAGAAAUGAUUGUAGCUAGAUUCCCUAGUCUAUGGUUGAAAGACGCAAGAGUGAAACAGUUUGAAGUGGCACAUUCAACAUUAGCUGGAGACUUUAUCUGGAAAGGAAAUCCUUUCGCUGGACAAGAACACACUCUCAUAUGGUUCGCAGCAAUCGACUGUUCUCUGACAGGAUCACUGACCUACGAUACUUUGGGAACCGUGAACACUCGAGGUUUGGACGAUCUGCCUCGACUGGAGGGUCUCGACUUGUCUCAAAACAACUUGAUAUCCAUUCAGAGAGCUGCUUUUGGGCAUACACAUCCCAGACUGAAGACCAUUGUUUUAUCCAAGAACAUCAUUGAGCAAGUCACCCCGGGAGCUUUUUCCAAUUUAAGACAGCUGCAACACGUUGAUCUGUCACAUAAUAUGAUUAGCAACAUCUCGAGAGAGAUCUUCAGCAAAGAAUCAAACACUUUGAGGCGCAUUAAUUUGAGUUGGAAUCGGCUUCAAGUACUUCCAAAGGACAUCUUUUCAAAAAUGCCUGCCCUCCGUGUGGUGGAUGUCAGCAACAACUAUUUGUAUUCCAUGCCGGAAGAGCCGUGGAAUUCUAUUUGGUGGCAACUUCAGAUGAUUGAUGUCUCCAAUAACUUUGUUGAAUGUGAUUGUGAACUCUUGUGGUUGGUAUCCAACAGUACUUUGAUGGAAAAUGUGACUCCAAAGAGAAGAAUUAAAGGCCAGUGUUCCAGAUCAUUUCCUUCACUUCUGGUUCGGCAUUAUGAUUUGGCUAAACUGACAGUAGACAAUCUGGAUUGCUUGGGAGAUGACGAUGACAAUGAAGAUGAUGAUGAUGAUUAUUUUGGAAACUGAAAUUUAUUUCCUCAAUGAAAUUAAUUAGUUCAUUGUCAUGGAUAUAUUAGUAUAUAUGCAGUAGUUAAAAACUAUAACAGUUAAAAAAAAUCAUUGAUGGUAGCCUUGUAAAUACUUUGUUUUGUGUCAUGCUAUAAAUUUUUCAGUCAUUAAAAUUUUUGCUUAACAAAAGAAUGC